AUUAUUACUCUAUCAUUUCCACGCUUUUAUCACUAUUGUUUAUUGUACAAAGAUUUGCCCAUAUACCCGCAAUCAUAUAGUUUGGUCUCUUUCCCUCUCUGUCUUUCUUUCCUCUCUCAACACUCUUUGUUUUAAUAAUUCCAUCUGUUUCAGUUUUCAACUUCCAGAAAAUACCUUUCAUUUUUUAUUCCAAGCUAAGGUUUUUUGUUUCCAUGCUAUAUGUAGUCUAUCUACACUGUUUUUGGACUUAUAAGAGCUGAGAGAAAAGGAAUCUUGUGAAAUUUGCUACAACAAGAUUAGAUAUAUUCAGGAGAUGUGAAUUUCCAAGCAAAGAUGGCAUCUUUCAGUGGAUUAGGCCUUAGUUUAAGUUUGGUUUUUGGUUGUCUUCUAUUGGCUCUUGUUGCUGAGCUUUACUAUUUACUUUGGUGGAAGAAGAAGAGAAUUGCUAGCUCAGAAGUUGAGAAUGAUUACAGCAGCUACGCAAAGGAGCUUAUUCAACAUUUCUGCCGGAAGAAAUCUGAUGUUUUGCAUGUAGCCACCUCCACCACGAACAACCAAAAUUUUGUUAAAGACCAAGUUACCAAUGGUGUUGAGCCAGACCUGGAAGUUGGCUCAAGCAAAGAUUUGCUGCCAAAGGGUUUUGGAGAAGAGGGUGUGGAAUCAGAGCUCAUGAGACUACACAAUCUGGCAGGUCCACCAAGAUUUCUGUUCACAAUCAAGGAGGAAACAAAGGAAGAUUUGGAGUCAGAAGAUGGCUGGUCUAGAGGUGAUAAGAGCAGAAAAGGAUCAAGAACAAGGAGCUUGAGUGAUCUUAUACUAACCGUUGACACUCCUUUUCUUAGUCCUUUGGCUUCUCCACCCUUGAAGUCACCUCCUUUGAACCCCUUAGAAUCUUUUCACCGCCAAGGAUUCAAUCCCCUCUUUGAAUCAUCGACAGAUGCUGAGUUAAAUAAGCUGCGAUCUUCACCUCCUCCAAAAUUCAAGUUCUUAAAGGAUGCAGAAGAGAAACUUUUGAGAAGAUUGAUGCUAGAAGCUGAGAAAAGGGUACAGAGAAAUGGUGGUUCCCUUCAAGAUUCUGGUGUUAAAGAUGUUAAUAGUACAACAAUUUUAACACAAGAGACAGAGGGGUCUUUCCUUAAAUUCAUUGUUGGUAAGAACAGAGAACCUCUCCAAUAUUUACCACAGUUCCCUUCAAGUUCUUCUCAGGUACUGCCAUUGGCUUCUUCUCCUACAACAUUCAGACCACUAGACAAGAAAGAAGAUGUCCAUUAGAUUCCUGUUAGAUGAGUUUCUCUUUUUAUUAUAUUUUAAUUUAUUCUUUUCAUCUGCCAAUUAAUUUCUCUAGAUGGUUACUUGUGUACUACUAAUUUAAAAACAU